ACAAUCAGUCCACGUAGACCUACAUCACAUGUGAUUAUGAUCGUACAUAUUUAAAUCAUACGUCAUGUAGAUCUACAGUGUACAUGAAAAAUCAGAUCACCAGAAUAUUGAAUAAAUCCAUUUGAAGCAAAAGCCAUAAAAACUGAAUGGUUGAGUUUUUUUUUAAUUUUGUUGAGACUUGCACAUUCUGACACCGACGAUGGAGACUCGAGAGAGGUGGAUUGACGACCUGGCUUCCUUGCCCAGCGCAGGCGAUGUGCAGAAGAACCGGCAGACGCACCAGAACCAGCGCGGGCCGACCGUGACCCACGAGCGGACGUCAGUCCUCAGCGGUUCCGAGCACGAGGCACGUGCUUUGCAAGAGCUACACACAGCCCAGGACGAGCUCUUGUCCGACCAGAUACUCUCAUCCGAGAGACUGUUGUCGAAGGCGAACUGGAUUCCUGAGAAGUGUCUGGCUGAAAUCACAGUUCGAAAGGGACCUAUGUUUCAGCUCAUGGGCUUCUCAGCUGAGGGCACGGACUAUUUCUUUGCUGAGGAGGCGUUGUUCCUGCUGGAGACGGGCCAUCUGGAGCUGUUCUGCGAGGGCUUGCCCAUCAGUAUCCAACAGGGCUACAGUCUUCUGCUCAGCAAUGAAGACAUGCCAUAUUCCACGUAUCGGGUGUACGCACAUCUUAUCCGUUCGGGUUACAUAGUGUACGCUCACAGCCACCACUGCCGUGUCAUGGCCCUCAGGUCCGGUGCCGAGACGGACCCAGCCCGCGAUGCCUGCCCGGAGGCCGGGUCGACAUCGCCCGCACAAUGUGGCGACAACUCCCCUACUGAUGACAUUGACGCUGUUGGCGCAUCAGCUCGUGACUGCCACACACCUGAUCCACCAGCGUCCAACUCAAACGCUGUCAACGCUAACUCUACUAAUCCGUCCGCCACCACCACCGUUGCUACGACGACAGCAGAUGCCGUGGUAACCAACAUGGCCGACAGUGAGAGGACCCUUCGCCAUCAGCCUGCUGCAAUGUGCCGCCGGUCUCGCCCUGGACGAUCUUCCGAAAGCGGGCCCAUAUCGUCACAACUAUCCUCCUCCGCCCCAUCAUCGUCAUCACAUUGUCCAGAGUGGGUACGCGACAACGUCUUCAGAUUAAUGCUGCGUGGUCAGAAGCGACUGCACGAAGACUGUGACGCCGAGCAUGAUGCCAUGACGACAGCCAAUGAGAGUACUGGCUGCAACCAUCGCCAGUGUGAACCAGUAGUGCCAGCAAUGCAGCACAAUUCUGCAGAGGCACCCACUGUCGACGACGGUGGCGACUGUUCGUGCAGCACACCUGCUGGCACUGUCGAUAGUCAAUUACUUCCCGCGUCUAGUCUCAUCUCUUCGUCCGAUGGCAUCACGAAAGAAAAUAUACUCAGCAAGCUGGAUAUCUUCUCAGCGCGCACACAUUGCAGUAGCCCUGGCCUGCAGAAUGGCCGCAACUGUGUUCAAUUCGACCUGGAGGUCUAUCUACACAGGACUGGCUUCCGCAAGAUGGCUCCCGGCAAACCCUCCUACUAUGUCUGCAUACAGAAUGGACUCCUCGCCAAAGCACCGUCACUAUCGCAGCUUCAGUCCGGUCUCGGUGCAAGCGAUGGGGUGCCCGUACGGUGGGCGGUGGCGGCGGAGAAUCGCGUCCACUUUUACAGCUUAGAUGCGUUCUCUCUGCCCACGCUGCAUCCGGCGUAGCAAUCACAAAACCUGAACUCUUUAUUGAAAUUUAAUUUAUGACUUUGUGUGUUGAA